AUGGAGUGUUUAAUUACAAAAAGAAAUAAAAAUAAAUUAAUUUACAAAGAUUUUUUACAUUUUGAACAAAAAAAAGUAAAAUUAGGAAUCCGGUGGGUGUGUGUUCACAAAGACAUGUGCAAUAGAACAAUUACAACAGAUGAAGAAAUAACUACCGUUUUUAAAUUUGGAGCUCACAGUCAUGAAGGCGAUCCACAUUUUAUUAACGCAGAGAGAGCUAAAUGUACUAUGAAGGAAACGACAAGAAGAAAUUAUGAUUUACCAUCUCGAAUUUAUGCAGGGAAUGUGGUUAAUUUAUCAAACAAAAGCAAACAAUUUAUUGGUAAUGAAAAUUCGAUAAAAAGGUGUUUGCGGCGUAUUCGCAGCAACAUAUAUAUCUAUCCAAAAAUUUCAAAAAUAGAUGAUAUUUCACUGGAAGGAACACAUUGGAGUAUGACUGGUAAAGAAAAUUCAGAGUUUUCAAUUCCACAAAAGAAGGAUAUGGUCGGACGUGUCAGAAGGGUUUAA